CUAUCAACGUUUCUCCCAAAGAAUUUUACUAUCGCCAGCCAACGCUCACCUCCGGUGGGUAAUCCUUGCGCCGUCAGCUGCAAUCAAAAUCUGAUCUGCAUCAAUUUUCAAUCGAUCGAUAAAGCAAUCAGGGUUUCGGAGAAUAUUAUCAAGAAACGGAAAUGGACGACAGCUGUGCGGUUUGCGCUGACAAUUUGGAAUGGGUUGCCUACGGCGCUUGUGGUCAUCGGGAUGUUUGCUCCACGUGCGUCUCUCGUCUCCGCUUCAUAUGCAACGAUCGCCGCUGCUGCAUCUGCAAAACUGAAUCCAACGUCGUCUUCGUCACUAAGGCAUUAGGGGAUUAUACUAGGAUGAUAAAUGACUUCUCAGUGUUGCCAUCUGAUGCAAGAGAAGGACGAGUGGGUUCCUAUUGGUACCAUGAGGAUACACAAGCCUUUUUUGAUGACGUUGAUCACUACAGAAUGAUCAAGGCAAUGUGCAGGCUUUCAUGCAGUGUAUGUGACAAGAUGGAAGAGCAGGACAAUGAUGGGGCAAUACGGCGUGGGAAGUUUCGGAAUAUUGAACAGCUGAAAGGUCAUUUGUUUCAUCGACAUAAAUUGGUUAUGUGUAGCCUUUGUUUGGAAGGUCGGAAGGUAUUUAUCUGUGAACAAAAGCUGUAUACCAGAGCACAGUUAAAUCAACAUAUAAACACAGGUGAUUCUGAGGUGGAUGGAACUGAGAGUGAGAGAGGCGGCUUCAUGGGGCAUCCAAUGUGUGAAUUCUGCAGGACUCCAUUUUAUGGGGAUAAUGAGCUGUAUUCACACAUGUCUACAGAGCACUAUACAUGUCAUAUAUGCCAAAGGCAGCAUCCGGGACAAUAUGAAUAUUACAAGAAUUAUGAUGACCUUGAGCUUCAUUUCCGCCGAGAUCAUUACUUAUGUGAGGAUGAGGCUUGCCUUGCCAAAAAGUUUAUUGUUUUCCAGUCUGAAGCUGAACUGAAGAGGCAUAAUACCAUUGAACACGGAGGCCGCAUGUCUCGAGCACAACGUAGUGCUGCUUUACAAAUUCCAACAAGUUUCCGGUAUCGUCGAAGUAACGAAGAUAAUCGCCGUGGAAGGGGUCGAACAUUUCGGCGUGAAGCAUCUGAUAAUGACUAUGAACUUUCAAUGGCCAUUGAGGCAAGUUUGGGGAUGGCAAGUGAUCCUCCAGCAUCAUCGUCUACAGCACAGGCGGUCUCUCAUCACAGUGACACAAAUGAUUUUGAUCUGCUUGUUCAACCUUUUGAAUCGUUAUCUACAACAGAUGCUGAAACAUCUUCAAGAUAUCUUCAAGCAUUGGGUGCAAGCACUAGGGGUGGACCUUUGCAAGAAUCUUCUUUUCCUCCUCUUCCCAUGGCCCCCAGCACCAGUCAACAAAAGUCUAAUCAUAGCUCAGGUUUGCCUAAUAACACCAUGGCAGCACGUCUACGGCGCCAGAAGAAUGGGAAUAAAAGUGUUUUGAGUUCUGCUCAAGCAUGGCCAGCAGCAAGUCAUAGGACUGCGCAAGAAUCAAGUAGUUCACGUCAGGUUAGAUCAGCAGCAAGUGUUGCUGCUAUAACAUCACUUGCUAAUGGUAAUGGUAAUGUUAACAGGGCUGCACAGUUGGGUUAUGCCAGCUCCACUCAUGCACAGGUUCCAGCUCAGUCUCAGGCCCAGGCCCAGGCUCGACCCACAACAGCAGAUAUACUACUAUCAUCUGGUUCUCGGACAAGCUCAGCCAACAUGCAUAGGAUUAGCCACUCUUCAUCAGCUCCGAAUCUCCAUGAUGUUAGAUAUUCAGAACCAUCUGCGUCUGAUUUUCCUCCAGUUUCUGCCGCACAAAGGCACAAGCAAUCCUCAAGCAACCAGGUGCUGACACAUAUGGAAGAAGUUCGUUCAGCCAAUAAAUCUUUGGUGGAAAAGAUGCGAGCUGCUCUUCAAUAUGAUGAAGAAAAAUAUACUGCUUUUAAAGAGAUAUCUGGACAGUAUCGUCAGGGCUUAAUAGGCACAAACAGAUAUUUGGAUUAUGUACAACAGCAUGGCUUGUCACAUUUAGUACUUGAGCUGGCUAGACUCUGCCCUGAUGCUCAGAAGCAGAAAGAGCUAAUUGACACCUAUAAUGCUCGUUUACAAAGCAAUGGUCUGGAAGAGAAUGGUGGGGGCCAGGGCAGUGUGUGGUUGAAGGAGAAGGAUGCCUCUAAGAAAGGGAAAGGGAAGUCUGUCGAUGCUGCAGGCAGUAAAUCAAAGGAUAUUCUGGCAGAUAGUAUUCUGAGCAGUGUCCACAAAUUGCAGUCAAGUUAUAAGAUUUCUGAAGAAGAGGUGGAAGUGCUAUCGAAGGACGGUUACCGUCCUUCCAAAGGCAAAGCAAAGGUGAUGGUUGAGGAACAGCAGGUGCAACUAAAUUCAAGCAAUCAGCCAUCAAUAAAAAUCGGGGGCCAAAAUGAGUCCUUACAUGUGAAAGUUGGGUCAGGGGAUGGAAGUGGUGGCAUCAAGCAGCGAAAGAAAACUUCAAAAUUUCACCGAGUGCGGCUUGGAGAUGGUUCAAUGGCAUCACUACUCGAUCUCAAAAAUCCUGAGCCAGACCCUGAACCAUUGGAUGACAAGGAUGAUUGCAGUCAGAAUUCAACUGGAGCAUUGCCUAUACGGGGUGUUUGGAAGAAGGGAGCGAAAAAUCUCUUUUCAUGAUAGGUGAUAAUGCCAAAAUCUUACCAGAAGAUGGCGUUUGGCUUACCUUUUUUUUU